UCACCUGACUCUUCCCUCUCAUAUCUCCGCUCUCUCUCUCUCUCUUUCUCUCUCUCUGUCUCUCUCUAGAAAUCUUCACAGAACUUUUCUUAUCUGUUAUUUGACAAUCUCUGUAUAGAUAGUUGUCCCUCUCUUCACAGAGUUGCUUAAGGUACCCCUUUUGACCCUCUGUUCUAUUCUCUCUUCAUUUUUAAGUUGGGGGUUUUUCUAUAUUCUGCCAGAGAUUUAAUUAUAUACAGAUAAUUGUAGCUCGUUUUCCUAUUUUUGGAGUGUGUCAAUGUCUGCGAAUCUAGACCGUAUCGACCUUAAUUCCGACGUCGUUUCAGUAGAACCAGAAAACGAUGUUCAUGGGUUUAAUAUCCCGGAACCAAUGAUUAUGCCUGGGUUAUCAAACGCUGAAACCCUAACAGACCCUAAGGGUCAGACCCUUGAACCUGUGAUAGACCAAGUUAAGGACUUUGAAGGGGCUAAGUUAACUGUUAACGGGUUAGGCAAUGGUGGUUUGGAGAGACAGAGUGAGUCUGUAGAUAGAGAGAUUAAUAUGGAAGCCAAAAUUAAGUCUUUAGAAGAAGAGAGCAAUACAGUUGUUGAUGUCUCUUCUGGAGAAGUGGUUCAGUUUACUAAAACACAAUUUGGUGAGUGUGAUCAAGUUAAGGAGGAACUGAAGGAGGGGAUUUGUUCUGGUUCAGAUUUUGAGAACUCAAUCAAAGUCCAAAAAGUAGAUGAUACGUGUGCUUUGCCUAGAACAGUUGAUAUGGAAGGGAAGGAAGUUAAUGCUAAUGACUCCUCGCCUGUUAAAGAUGCUAGUCAUGUUUCUGCGGAGGUAAUUUCUGGUUGUAUUGAGAAUCAGGACAUGGAAAUUGAUGAUCAAGUCAAUACUUCUAAAGGUGAAAUGGUGGUCAGUAAUCUUUCUGUUGCAGGGAUUUGCGAGGGAAAUGGUGGUAAUAAUAAGUCUAGCGCACUAAAUCUUGUUGUGGAUUUGAACUCGUAUGUGAAUGCUGAUGGAAAGGAGUCAGGCAAUGUGAAUGCUAAAGUAAAUACUUCAAAGCUGGAAUUCAGUGCUUCUGAUCUCGUAUGGGGCAAAGUGAGAAGCCAUCCUUGGUGGCCUGGGCAGAUAUUUGAUCCUUCUUGUGCAUCAGAGAAGGCAAAGAAGUAUUUUAAAAGGGAUAGCUAUUUAAUUGCUUAUUUUGGGGAUCAGACUUUUGCUUGGAAUGAAGAAUCAACGAUAAAGCCUUUUCGAUCCCAUUUCUCACAAAUGGAGAGACAGAACAAUUCAGAGGAAUUUCUUUAUGCCAUUGAUUGUGCUUUGGAUGAGGUUUCUAGGCGAGUAGAGUUUGGCUUGGCCUGUCCUUGCAUACCCGAGUACAGUGAGAUCAGUGCUCAAAUAAUUGUUAAUGCUGGAAUUGGAGAAGAUUUUUGUAGUAGAGAAGGUGCGGAUAAUUUUUCAAGUGCAAAUGCUUUUGAACCUGCAAACUUUCUUGAUUAUAUUAAAGAGUUAGGCCAAUCGCCAUUUGAUGCAGUAGACAGGCUGGAAUUUGUAACGGCACAGGCUCAACUAUUGGCAUUCAGUCGUUGGAAGGGUUAUUCUCAACUGCCUGAAUUCCAAAUUCUUGGCACCUUGAUUUUGAGCAAUGAGGACGGCAAUGAAUUGAAUGCAAAGGCUCUUGCUGAAAUUAAAGAUGAAGAGCAUGUCUCUUCUGUAGAGGUGAAGUCAAAAACUGAAGAUGGAGAGCCAACUCCUAAGCGCAAGAACUUCUUUGGAGAUAGUGUGUAUCCGAGAAAGAAAGAGAAAAGUUUGGCUGAACUUUUUGCUGAGAGACGCUCAUCUAUUGCAAGUAGUAAAAGUGGAGUAGGGAUCAAAGCUGCUUGCAAGUCAACUUCAUCAUCUUCCGAUAAGAAACGGAAGGCUGUUGAUUCCAUUUCUGAUAACCCUGCAGUGAAACGCAGCAAAAGUCUUUCAUCAUCAGGGGCUGAAAACAACUCUUCACAGCCAAAGAGAACUUAUAGAGUUGGAGAGAGCAUUCUUAGGGUUGCAAGCCAACUGAAUGGACCAACACCAAUGCGCAAACCUAUUGAUGGAGCUUCUCGAGAAUGUUCAACUAAGGAUACAACCAAAGAGAAGUCUCUCUCCAGCAAAUCACAAGGUAAAAAAUGGUUUGAAACAGAGGAUUAUUCAUCUGACGUGAUGAUUUCACAGCUUUGCUUGGUUGCCAGAAAUCCCAUGAAAGAAUGCAGCUUUUUGAGAUCUGUAGUUGGUUUCUUUGUGGAAUUUAGGAACUCAGUUCGCCUAGAUCUUGCAAGAUCACCACAGGACAAGCUGUCCUUCUUAGAGUGUAUCUUUGGUGAUAGUUUUGGGAAAGAAUCGAGCAAAUCAGGAGCGGAAGCAUGCGAAUCGGAGCAUUCAAAAGACUCUUGUUCAACAGAUAUGAUGAUUCAAGGUCCCCCCCAAGAGCGGCCAUCAGAUAGUGCAACCCAAAAGAUCAUUCCCUCUGUUGAACGUGCUCAAUCAAGUCCAAGUUUGGAUUCUGAAAGGCAAGGCAAUGGUGAAAUUCUUGAUAUUGAAGCAACAGAGCCAGUGAGCGGCUUGAAGGCACAUUGCAAAGAUGAUAACUGCCCAACAGCUUUGAUUCUAAACUUUACGCACUCGGCUUCCAUCCCUCCAGAAUCAAACUUGAACAAGAUAUUCAGUCGAUUUGGACGCGUGAAGGAAUCGCAGACUGAAGUACUAAAGAAGAAGAACCGUGCAAAAGUGGUUUUCUACAGGCGUGAUGAUGCAGAAGCAGCAUUCAGCAGUGCUGGUAAAUACAGCAUUUUCGGACCUUCACUUGUCAGUUACCGCCUCAAGUACAUGCCUUCAACACCUGGUAAAUCUUCUUGAAAUAUAACAAAGUACAGCAAGAAAGAUGCAAAUUCUGCAGAGGAAAAAUACAAUCUAAAGCAUCAAACUGUAGUCAAGUGGCAUAUUCUGAAGUGGUGUGUCCAUGGCACAAGCAUGAAGUUAAAACUGUUGGUAGUUUCUUUUUGUUCUACAGAUUUGGCUUAUCCCUGGUGAUCUUGAGUAGACUAUAGGGGGUAGUCAUAAUAGAACACAGUUCAAAACAGGCAGCCUUGGGCAAUGAUGUAAUUAUUGUAUCGAAACUAUUUAGGAAAUAGACUUUAUUUGAUAAGAGUGAUCUUCCUUAUUUUGCCAAUGAGGCAUUUUAAUGUAGUUGAAGAUUCAAUUUUUAA